CUUGUUGGUGUAACAACUGAUGGGGCGCCAUGUAUGACAGGUAAAAAUAUGGCAAAAUCAGUGCCCCAGAAUAUCAUUACGCACCACGGCAUCAUUCACCAAGAAAACUUGGGUGUCAUGACCCUUGACAUGAAACAUGUGAUGGAAAAAGUUGUCAGCUGUAAACUUCAUCAGAUCAAGAAAUCCUAUAACCAGAGGAAGUUUAAAUCAUUUGUUGAAGUGGGUUCAGACCAUGAUGAUGUAAUUUACUUUUGCCAAGUUCGGUGGCUUAGCAAGUCAACCACGUUAUCCAGAUUCUGGAAUUUACGUCAAAAAUAA